AGGAAUUGAUAGAAAACCUCGUUAUGAUAAUACAAGAGACAUACAUCUUGCUGACCAAUAUUAUGAGAAAGAAUAUAAUGACGAGGAAUAUACUUCAGAAGAAUAUUAUGAAGAAGACGAAUAUGAAGUCAAUCUUAACACUAGUAAGUUUCAAAACCCACCUAAAAUAACUGUUGAAGAAUUAGAAAUGGAAGAACCAACACCAGAACCCGUGAUCGAACUAGUUAGAAUUGAAAAGCAUUAA